UAAAGACCUCGCAUUGUUCGUGAAAGGUUUAUUGGAGUUCAUUGUCUUAAUAAUAAAUCGAAUAUAUAAAAAUAAAUAUAUAAAAAAAAGUAUAAAUAACAAGAACGCAAACAAUUAGACGCGAGUUAAAUAAAUAAACAAGUAGUUUAGUUUAUUAUAUUUUAUUUUAUUUAUGUAAAACAAACUUCUCGAAACGUCAAUACAUUUUUUGACAACCAACAAAAUUUCAAUUAAAAUUAUAUUUUAUUUUUUUAAAUUAAAAUUUUAAAAAUGUGCGGGGGUUUUACCUGCUCUAAAAAUGCUCUCACGGCUCUUAAUAUAUUAUAUAUUGUGGUAGCAUUCAUAUUAAUUGGAGUCGCAGUCUACGGUCGCGCCUCAGCAUUGGUAACAAACUUACCAAUAAUUGGUGGAAUUUUAGCAUGCGGAGUAAUUUUAAUCUUAAUAUCAAUACUGGGUCUAAUCGGAGCCGUAAAACAUCACCAAGUUCUUCUGUUCUUCUACAUGUUAAUUUUGUUCCUAUUGUUCUUGGUACAAUUCAGCAUUGCUUGCGCAUGUCUUGCUGUUAAUGCUAAACAACAAGAACAAUUAGCUGAACAAGGAUGGAAACACGUGGGAAUGGAUUUAAAAGCCAAAGUCCAGGCGAAUUUCGACUGCUGCGGAUUUAACGACACUGAUACCAGCGCAUUUGAACCUAAAAAAGACCACCCUUCAUGUGAAGCUGUCACGAAAAUUUGUUGUCCCGAGAGUUGGACAGACCCGACAUCGCAGUGCAAGUGCAAGCCGUGCAUGGAAAAAUUGCAGUCAACAAUCGACCACGCAUUCAAACUCUGCGGUGGGAUCGGUCUCUUCUUUAGCUUCACAGAGGUGAUAGCAGCAUUUCUAGCAAGACGCUAUCGCAAUCAACUGGAUCCCCAUGAAAAAGCUGCGAGAGCCGUAUUCCCUCGUCAUAAUUAUCUAUAUUAAUUAAUUAAUCAGACCUAAAUCUACCGAUAAUUUUUUUUUUAAAUCAAACAGUCAUCAAUUGGAGAUUAAUAAUGAUAAAAAAGUUUUUUUUUAUUAGUUUAGUGUGUGCUCUAGUCAGCCACUAAUACCUACAAUUAUAAUUAUUAUUAUUAAUUAUUUAAUUAAUUAAUAAUAAUAAAUUAAAAGCAGAUGAAAAAAAGCCUCAAUGCGCCUUUAGUAGUUCGAGGAUGAAAAAAUUUAUUGAGCCCAUAAAAAAAAAUUAAAAAUAAUCGGAUAUUUUAUUACACUAUUAACUAUAACUGUUAAUCAUUAAUUAUUAAUUAAUAAAUAUAUAGAUUAAUUACUUGCUUAUGUUAUAGAAAUAUAUAUAGAUAUAUGAGUUUAAAAUGAAGUUUAUGUAAGAAAUUAAAAUUUUUCUUUUAAUUGACUGAUUAAGGUUGAGGACUUAGCAUUUAUGUAUCUAAUAAAUAUAUGAAAAUAUGAAAAAUAUAUAUAUAUAUAGAGAGAGAGGUAUGAGUAAAUAUAUAUGAACUGAGUAGUUUGAAAGAUAUAAAGGCGUGAGGGGGAGAUAUGAUAAAAAUGUAUGGGAAUUAAGUUGUGGGAAAUUUUUAAGGCUACAGAAAAAAUUAUGGAAGCCUAUGGGGAAUUUUUGAUAGUUUGUGAGAUAUUUUUUUUUUAAGCAAUCGGGAGGUAGUAAAUUUUUUAGAGGAGGUAAAAAGAAUUAUGGAUUUUUUUUUUAAUUGGAAUACUGGGGUAAUUAUUAGAGGUAUGAUAAAAAUGGUAAAAAAGUCAGUUGUAGGAAAUUAAACUUUAAUGAAAAUUUAAUAUAUGGGUUACAAUUCUUAUUUAAAGCAUUCAGUCAUCAGAUGUCUUAAUUUUUUUAUUUAAAAAUAAAAAUUACUCAUAAACUAUCAAAGAUUUAUAGGUAUUUCUCAUACUAAUUUUUGUUCUCCGUAAAACUAAAAAAAACAAAAAAAAUUGUGUUUUCACUUCUCCCAAUCCAAAAAUUCCCCAUAAUUACACUGAUUCAAAAAUUCCCAUAAGUUUCUUAAUCUUCAUAUUAAAAUUACUCAUGAACCAUCAAAGGUUUGAAAAAAAUCAUCAUAAAAAACUUUACUCCCUAUAAAGUUAUCUACCAAAAAGUUUCUCUUUUUUCCCCUCAAUCUAAAAUUCCCCGUAAUCACACAAUAUAAAAGUCCCCAUAAAAUUAUCUACAAAAAAGUAUCCAAUAACUCUUCCUAUAAAUCCAAAAUUCUCCGUAAUCUCACAAAUUAAAAUUCCCCAUAAAAUUUUUCGAUCUAAAAAUCAAAUUUUAUUUCAAACUAUCAAAGAUAUCAUAAAAAUUCAUUAAAACCAUUUUUGUUGGUAAUAAAAUUCCCUCCAAAACAUUUUCUCACAACUUUUCUCCCAAACCCAAUAUCACCCUACAAUUUCCAUUUAAAUAAAAAAAAAAAUGAAUCUAGUUUAAAUUACUCUAUACAUUUUUAUCACUCACUAUCGCUUUAAUAAUUAAUUAUGCAUAUGCUUGCUUAAAUUACUCAUAUAAAUUGUACAUUAUAUAAUACUCCAUUCAAAUAAAUCAUUGAAAUUAUUUUAAUAUUUUUUUUAUAAAUAAUUUACUAUAAUUGUUAUUUUUACUUUUUUUAAUUUUAAUUACUAUUGUAU